AUGCGAGCAGUGUCCUUUGCUUUGAGGAAUGGAGGCGCCGUGGCCCGCCUGAGGGCCGCCGUGGCGCCCGUCCGGCACUUCGCGGCCUACUCCCCGGAGGUCGUCGGCUCGGCCGGCACGGCGGAGUACCGCAUGCACUUCAAGGACAGCAAUGGCAACAAGAUCUCGCCAUGGCACGACAUCCCGCUGAAGAGCGGCGAGCUCUUCAACUGCCUCAUCGAGAUCCCCAAGAACACCAAGCCCAAGAUGGAGGUCGCCGUCAAGGAGGAGAUGAACCCCAUCGCGCAGGACGUGAAGAAAGGCAAGCUGCGCGACUACCAUGGACCCAUCUUCUGGAACUAUGGCAUGCUUCCGCAAACCUGGGAGGACCCCAACGUCACCCACAAAGAGACGAACUGCGCCGGUGACAACGAUCCGGUGGACAUCGUGGAGAUCGGCUCUGAGGCGCUGGCGCAGGGAUCCGUGGAGCCCGUCAAGGUGCUCGGAGUUCUGGCCAUGAUCGAUGAUGGCGAGCUGGACUGGCCAA